AUGAACUCCCUGAAAAUUGCGAUGGUGGACGCUGUAACGGACUGUCCUUCUGUUGUCAGUUCAACCGUUGACGAGGGGUUCAUCCUACCGGACGCUCCAGUUCACUUGGAUAUAACUGACACAGAUGCCUCGGACGGCAUUGCUGACCCGCCUCAAAUGGAAGGCGAGUCUCGGGCUCCUGGGCCAUUGAAGAAUAAGCGUAAGAGGGCAAGGAAAGCGCGCAAACCGUCCGUCCCCAAACCGGAAGUUGAAAAAAGGCUCAAGAAACAAGCGCCUGAGUUGGAAACACCACCUGGUGUGGCAGUUCCCUAA